AUGCUCGCCGCUCGCCGCCUCUUGUCCGUCGCCGCUCGCUCCUCGCGCUUCACGCCGGCGGGGGCGCGUGCGCUCCACGUGGAUGCGUCCAAGACUUCGAUCACGGUGCGUCCUCUUCCUACAACCUCUGUAUUUAAUAAAAGAAAAUUAAUUGACGAGAUGACAUGCACCUUUCAGGACGCCAUCGCCCAGGAGAAGGUGCUCGUGUUCUCCAAGACCCACUGCCCGUACUGCGCGCGCGUCAAGGGCACGCUGGACGUGCUGGAGGCCAAGUACGAGGUCGUGGAGCUGGACACGAGGGACGACGGGGCCGCCAUCCAGUCGCUGCUGCUGGACAUCACGGGCCAGCGCACGGUGCCCAACGUCUUCAUCAACGGCAAGCACAUCGGCGGCUGCGACGCCGUCAUGGCCCUGCAUGCCAAGAGCGAGCUCGUGCCGAUGCUCGAGAACUGA